CACUUCCGCUCCCUCUUAGGCCACGCAGGGAUCCAACAUGGCGGACACCGGUGCGGUGGAGACGCUCCUCCGGCUCCUCGAGAAGACGGACGGCGGCGUGGAGAGCCUGGAAGUGGCGGCCAGCCUCGGGGUGGACCACCAGGUCAUCGUCGGGGCCGUGAAGAGUCUGCAGGCCGCCGGCGACCUCAUCUCCGCCGAGCAGCGCUCCUCCAAACACUGGGAGCUGACCGACGAGGGCACGGACACGGCCCGGCACGGCAGCCAGGAAGCCCGGGUGCUCGGCUCCAUCCCGCCGGAGGGUCUGGCCCAGAGUGAGCUGAUGAAACUGUCCUUUGGGAAGGUCGGCUUCAGCAAGGCCAUGUCCAACAAGUGGAUCCGAGUGGACAAGGCGCACGAGGGCGGCCCCAGGAUCUUCAGAUCUGUGGAGAACAUCGAGGACCAGGUCCGAGAGAAGCUGCUGCUGGUGCAGAAAGGAAACGGCUCUCAGCUGGAGGAGAAGGAGAAGAACGAGCUGAAGAAGAGAAAGCUGCUCUCUGAAGUGACGGUGAAGACUUACUGGAUCACCAAAGGAAACUCCUUCAGCACGACUCUCACCAAACAGGAGACGGAGCUCACACCUGAGAUGAUCGCCACAGGCAACUGGAAAGAGAAGAAAUUCAAACCCUACAACUUCGAGGCCAUGGGCGUCGCCCCAGACUGUGGCCACCUGCACCCGCUGAUGAAGGUUCGAACUCAGUUCAGACAGAUCUUCCUGGAGAUGGGCUUCACCGAGAUGCCGACCAACAACUUCAUAGAAAGCUCGUUCUGGAACUUCGACUCCUUGUUUCAGCCGCAGCAGCAUCCGGCCAGAGACCAGCACGACACCUUCUUCCUGUCCGAUCCAGCCGUCGCCCACGAGUUCCCUCAGGAUUAUCUGGAGCGGGUGAAGAAGGUCCACUCGGAGGGAGGCUUCGGUUCACAAGGGUACAAAUGCGAAUGGAAGAUCGAGGAGGCUCAGAAGAACAUCCUCCGAACUCACACUACAGCCGUCAGCGCACGCAUGUUGUAUAAACUCGCACAACAGGAGAAGUUCACCCCCGUCAAGUAUUUCUCCAUCGACCGGGUGUUCAGGAAUGAGACGUUAGACGCCACCCACCUGGCCGAGUUCCACCAGAUCGAGGGCGUGGUGGCCGACUACGGACUCACACUGGGAGACCUGAUGGGCAUCCUGCACGACUUCUUCACCAAACUGGGAAUUACCAAACUACGCUUCAAACCUGCCUACAACCCGUACACAGAGCCCAGCAUGGAAGUGUUCAGCUACCAUGAAGGACUGAAAAAGUGGGUGGAGGUUGGAAACUCGGGCGUCUUCAGACCAGAGAUGCUGCUGCCCAUGGGUCUUCCAGAGGAUGUGUCUGUCAUCGCCUGGGGGCUGUCGCUGGAGAGACCCACGAUGAUCAAAUACGGCAUCAACAACAUCAGGGAGCUGGUGGGACACAAGGUGAACCUGCAGAUGGUCUACGACGGCCCCAUCUGUCGUCUGGACUCCUGAGCGUCACCACAACGACUUUAUCUUUUACCAUGUGACAUCUCGUGUCUGACUCCUGCCAGUUGUUCCUAAUCCAACAGGCAGGGGGCCUCGGUUUCCUGCAGACACGUCUGCAAAGGGCUUCGAGGUGCAGGAGCAGACUUUGUAUGAACUGGAUUCUCUGCUCUCUGCUGCUUCGCAGAACAUUGAGUCAGGAGACAUGUUACUCGUAUAAAGUUUCUACUUGUACAGGGAGAAAAACAACAACUUUUGCAAUGUGACAAACAUAAAAUGAAGUUUUUUUCCAAA